GGGAGGGUCUGGACCAAUGCCCUACCCCCCGUAUUGUGGGGUAACAGCAAAAUGGGCUGGGAAAUUUGGCUAGAGAGAAGGGAUGCAGGUGUGAGGGCAGGGCAGGUGGGCCCGGGGUAGCUGGAGCUGGAUAGAACCCCUGGGAAGAGUGUGUCAUGGUGGAAGGGAGCUCACUGCAGGCAGGGGUGUCCAUGCCUGUGGGCUCCCACACCUGCCUCCUGCCAGGAGAACCUGCUCAGAGCUGCCCUGAGGUCCUGCCUACUGCCCACACUCUCCUGGGUGCCCAACCCUACAGAGAUCCGCUGUCCUGGGGUGCUCAGGGACCUCCUGGCAAUACCCAUUCAGGGCUCAGGAGCACAGACACCCCCAAAGACAUGCACAGUCACCCCAGAAACCCUGCCCACUCCCCAAUUUUGUCUGCCCCGGGCACCCAUCGUGCUGCACUGGGAGGACGGAAAGGACAUCUGCCUUUUGUUCCCUUCCUCCUCCAUCCUCAGGAGGCUCCAGCAUUGAGCAGCCACCAGCAUGAGCUCUGUUCCUGCACCAGUCUCCCAUCUCACCACUUCUCACCUUCAGAGGGAAGCACUGGGUUGAUGCUCUUCACAGCCAGGGCCUGAGCAGAAUACACCUUAGGGGAACCCGAAGAGGCAGGAGGGAGUCUCAGUCCUCUCUGAAUCUGGUUUCAUAGUCUUCGAGGUCAGCAGGUCUUAGGGAACGGGUCAGGGCAGGAUCUGGUCCAUAAGGACAUCCUGUAGGCACAGCUUCUAAGAGGGGAUGUGUUUGGGGGUUCCAGAGAGUGUCAUUGGGAUGAUCAUCCCUGGGGACUCUGCCAGUGCAAGCAGCACCUCUGCCCUGCACCAGGGUGAAGCCACAUGAAAGGGAUGGAGAGGACAAGGGCAAUGGCAAUGGCAAUGCCAGCCGGGCUCAUGGCUCAGGCAGAUGCCUCUAAAAGCGAGAUGAGUCCUUCACAAAGCUGCCCCGCGAGCAGAGUGGAUUCCCCUUCCUAGGAGUUUUCAGGGAUUUCUGGUCCCAUUCACCCCUCACCUGCCUGGAGGAACACAAGAGUGAAUGACCAGCUCCCUGAAUCGUCCUCCUGGCAAACACGGUGUGAUGACCCGCCCUUAAGGUUCGACACGGGGAACCAGGAAAACCAACGAAGGGAUUUCAUUCCUUAUGAAGCUUGUUUCAAGCUUCUCCCAUUAAUCCCGGGAAGCCUGUCUGACCUCAGGAAGCCCGGCUGCCCCCGCCACAGCUGCCUGCAUACAUGUCCCCAGCUGGAGGGCAGGUCUCUGGGACACCCACGCGUGUGAUGGUAUCAAAGACACUGGGAGAAGGCUUCAGGCAGUCUUUGCCUGUCCAGGCACUGAACUCCCCUCGCUGUGCCCCUGCCUGCUCCUCCUGCAGCCUGGCUGCCUGCUGCCGUGUCCCCCGGGCAGGUCCCGGUCACCUGCGAGCAGGAAGCAUCCGUGAAAGUCACCAGGAGAUGCUUUUGUUGCUGCAUGUUGCCACAUCCCGCCCCGAGGUGUCUCCAUCCCCAGGAGGUUUCCCUUCCCUCUCCCCAGCAGCGGCUGCUGCUGCUCUGAGCCUCUCCAGCGCUCACGUUUCACUAGCCAUAAAAGUGUCUGGAGAGGGAACGGGAGCGGGAGCAGCCUGGCGAGGGGAGGGAGCGGCGUCUGUCCCUGCCACUGCUGCUGACCCUGUCCCACCGCUGCUGGUCCCCUUGUGGUGACCCGGACCUGGCCUCCCCCCAUCCUGCCCUGAGAGGCUGGAGACAUGCCCGAAAUGGAUCAAAGAGCCAUGGAAACGAGCCAGCAGUGAUUCCCUGGCGGCAAACAGGCAGUGGGGUGUCCAUCGCAGGGGACUGGCAAACGUGGUGCAGGGAUCAUGGACCAGCUCGCGGGGACUUGGAACAGUGGGGUCACAGUGACUGUUUGGGAACCAAAGCUGAGCACUCCCUUCCCCACUCUGGCUCGGACCCAUCCAGCCUGGAGACUCCUGCAGCUCCUUUCAGGGUUCAGCACAGCCUUUGCUCUCUGACCCACACUGCCUCUGCGGGCACCCCCCUUCUGCCCGGACCCCAACAUGGCCAUAACCACGAUAGCUUUGGCUGGGAGCAGGUGCAGCCCACACUGAGCCCUGUAGCCCCUUCCCAGGAAGGCUGCUUUUCAUCUUAGUGCCUCUUUCUUUUCCUCCUGCAUCCCAAAUGCCUCAAGCCACCAGUGACCCCAGUGCUGCGAUACUCAUGCUACGGCUCCGCUCAGCCCCAGGGCACUUUGAUGCCCGGUGGGUCAAAUGUCUCUUGCAGCAGCCCCUCAGGCUUCCUGUCCAUCCCAGCUGGCCCUGCCGCGGGAUUAGGCGGGAGCAUGCGAGUAAAGCACCGAACAUCUCUCCGGAUCAAACGCCCACGGGGCAGUGGGGAGGGGGCAUAAUUCACCCCCCCUCCAUUCAAAACCCGCUCGGGGCUGCCCGGAGCUGGGAUGAGCCUGCAGCCAGCGCUCAGUGGCAGUGGGAGGGAGGCGAUCGGGGAAGUCAGUCAGGUGUGGACGAGGUAUGAGGGGAGGCAGGGAUGGAGCCGCACUCGUGACAGCGGUGCCGAGCGCUCACGCGCAUCCCUCCUCCCGCCGAGAUGCAGCAGGGCCGGCCAUCCCUCUGCUGCGUCUCCACCAUCCGCAGCUCGCAGGGACCACCCGAGCCAGCCGCUGCCGCCGCCACCGCCCACUUCAGCUUCUGCCGCAGCCUCCUGGAGCACACGGUGUCGGCCGAAAACCUCAGCUACCGCCUGCAGCGGAACCCGGGCAGCAGCCUCACCUGGCACGACGGCCGGAGCCAGCGCCCCGACGGCGGCCGCACCGUCAAACUCCUGCGCCAGCCGGGCACCGAGGGCUCGCAGGGCCGUGGCUGUGACCACUAUGGCAUCUACCACACCAGCCCCACGCUGGGCAGCCUGGUCAAGCCGGUGGUGCUCUGGACCCAGCAGGAUGUGUGCAAAUGGCUGAAGAAACACUGCCCACACAACUAUCUCAUCUACGUCGAGGCUUUCUCCCACCACGCCAUCACAGGCCGGGCGCUGCUGCGGCUGAACGGGGAGAAGCUGCAGCGCAUGGGGAUCGCGCUGGAGGCGCAGCGGCAGGAGGUCCUGCAGCAGGUCCUGCAGCUCCAGGUGCGCGAGGAGGUCCGGAACCUGCAGCUGCUCAGCCAAGCUUCUUUUGGAAAUGUCUCCUAGCUGAUCCGUCUGUUUGGCAGAUUGCACCAACACUGUGAACCGAGCUCCGCUGGGAUGGGCUGUGCACCGCCGAUACGAGACCUGAGCCACACGCUUGGAAUACGAAGAGACAGCUUCCCAGACACUCUGGGGCUCCUCUCCUGCUUCUUCCUUCUUUUUCUUUUAAAGGAAUACAUUCCUGUGCAGGGAUGGAAUGUUUCUUCCAGCAGACAUGGCUCUUGGCUGGAGGAAAAUUAGCCAAGCGGCUGCUGGGACAGAUGAUGAACUUUCACCCACCUGAGCCUGAUGGUUCACAGGGAAAGAGAUGGAAAAAAGGAGAUGGCAACAGGCAUGGCUCAGUGCUGUGGGGAAAGGGAACAUGGUGAUUCCUGGGACAGCUCAGAGCCACGUGCAGGACACUGAAGCAUUAUGCACGUGGGCAAUAUCCCAGCACUCGGCAACUUGUAUCCGUGCCUCGGAGCUUAUUUAGAGAGUUUUAGUUUUCUCAUCAGACUGGGCUGUCUUCCAGCGUCCGAGGAGGUGACGUUAUCAGCAGCAAAUAAGAUGAUCCAACCAGCCAAAAAAAUUCAAAGCAGGGCCAAGACCCCAGCACUCAGCUCCACUUGGUGAGUUAAAAAUGGAGCUGAGUCAUCAGAGCUGGAAAAUCUGGAAGUAAAGGCAGGAUGGAUGCACUGGGAGGGUGCUGUGGCCUGGAGGGAGCUGCACCAGGAGAUCGUCCUUCAUCCGUGGGCAGAGGGGGGAGCCCAUGCAGGGGCCAGUGGGAGCAGACGUGGAUGCUGCCGGGUUGUGUGGGUGCUGCCCCGGGUGAGGAUGGGGGAUUACUGGGUGCCAGGUACCCCCAACACCGAUGCCCAGUCCUGCUCCUCUCCGUGCUCCCACCAGCUCUGAAGAGCUCUGCUCCACCAGGCAUUGGCAGGUGCUCAUCCUGACCUCCUGCCCAGGGGCUGGCGAUGGUGCCACCAAACCCAGGCGCCUUCCUGAUGACCUUCACCAUCAAUAAGGUGAAGGUGUUUGCUGUUAUACCCCUCCACUCACUAUACCGCCCUGUCCAGAGCCACAGGCUGCUCAUGUGGGCAGGUAAGGAACACCCAUGUGUAAAAUAGGAUCUGGGGGUGGGGUGGAUGCUAUCACCUCCCCACGGUCCUCCUCCAGUGAUGAGGGCAGGGCUGUGGAUCAUGGGGGUCCAAAAAGAGCAGCACCCCAAAGUCCCUGGGGCACUGGGAUGUGGAGGCAGGUCACAGUGCCCCCCAGCCAGGCACCCACCCACCUGCUCCUCUGCUGGUAAUAAAUUAGAGACUGUUAUUUUAA